ACGAAGCUCGUGAGCAGGAGAAGAUGGGCGCGCGCGUGUCUCGUGUGUUUCGGAACUUUAACGUGGAGGCUCGCGCUCACCGGGAGAUCAGUAAAAGUAAACCGGAAGCUGCUCCGCGGUACCGGAACUCGGUAGUGAUUAAUAAUGAGAGCGCUGCAGAACCAAUCGUGAAUAAGAUUCACAGGAAGGAUGAUCCACUACUAAGUCGCCUUAAACAGGUUUAUGUUCAAUCCAUGGAUCCUCAACCACAGACCUAUUCAGGUGGGAGGAACUGGGCAGAGCGAGCAGAGCGCAGGCCGGUAAGUGUGUUUGCUGCAGCGGUUCCCCCCGGUGUGACUGAGGUCACAGACGUACCUGUAGGGAAGCUGACGCUGGUCGAGGCUCUAACAGCACUAAACAACUACAAGAACUCUCCGGGGACGUGGCCUGCUGAGAGAAUCGGCCAGGAACUGAAGCUCACGCCCAGCGACGCCCAGGCACUCGUUAGCUACUUUAUACCCUUCGACAUCAAACUGUUACCAUCCCAAUCAGAUAAUCAACGCCUCACUGAUUCAUAAUAAUCACAUAUACUGUCUAUAUAUAAAUAUAAUGUAUAUAAACAAACACAUCUUUAAAUAGGAUAGGGUUAGGAGUAGGAACUGUUAAAGGUGUAAAUUAUGCAAUAGUCCUGCAACAGAACAUCAUCACUUCUGUAUUAGAUCAGUAAGUGCUGUAUAUUAGUGAGAUAUGGAACUAUUCUGAAGUAUUUUGCAGAAUAUUCUGGAUUAUUGUUUUAUAUUGUAUAAAUAUUCGGCCAGUCUGAAAAAGUUAUUUGUAAUGACUUUGAUGUUUAAUAAAUAAAGACUGAUCUGUGAUGUUACUGUUGAUAUUAAUUAUAUAAUAUUAAAUAAAAUAAACUGUAUAAUUUGAA